CGUUUCUCCUCCUGGGUGAACCAAGUGCAGCUGAAUUGCAGAAAGAUGUCCUUCACCCGCCAGCUGCUCAGCUCCCGCUGCUUCAACCCCUGCGAGGUGACCUGCCCUCAGCCAUACGCCAAUGCCUGGAACGAGCCCUGCGUCACGUCCUGCGGUGACUCCAGAGCCGUGGUCUACCCACCUCCAGUGGUCAUCACCUUCCCAGGACCCAUCCUCAGCUCCUGCCCCCAGGAGAGCUACGUGGGCACCUCAGAGCCACUCCAGAUCGGCAGCUCCUUUGUCUCCAGGGGCUCUGUUGGGUCCGGGAGCUCCUUAGGAUGCCUGUCCCCUUACUAUUCCCAGCGGUACAAUAAGUACCGCUAUGACAACUGCGGGUCCUGUUAAACCCAGCAGGAAAACCCACAGCACAGGGAACACCCCAGGAGUGGAAAGCAAUAUAGUCAUAAAUACAGGACAUGGUUUUCAGAAAGGCAGGGUGCACCGGGUCUUACAGAAACCUGGGAGACAUGGAGGUGCUCAGCAUCUCUGAACAAACAGGCCCAGAUUUCUCCAUUAGAUUUCGGACAAUAUCCACUCAUCCUGCCCCAUGUGCCGCCUUUCCAGGAACAACUGCCUGUGGUUUCUGGUUAUUAAAAACUACCACACCUGAAAUGUAUUGGGAGUGUUGCUCUGUCCCUCUCUGUAGGCUGUUGUCUCUGCGAUUUGAUAGCAUCUGGAAGAAACUGAAAGCAUCUCAUGAACGGCUGAAAACAGGACUUGCUCAUCAGCGUCCACAGCAGCAACUAGGAGGAGAACCUCGUGGGGAAAUACUGCCCAUUUGGGGUGGGCAAGCGAUUUUGGCCCUUCUCCAAACUUUGGAAGCAAAAUCUUUAUUCUCUGUAUGAUUAUGUGCUCUCAGCUCCAUUUCUUGUUCCCAAUAAAGAUCGUGCU